AUGGCGCAUGGCAUUGCAUUUGAGAGGUGCGAUCUUCCAUUUGAUUACAAAGCUUCACCAACAGCUACCGCCCCCAAACUCCGUGAAUUUUUCGUUUGGCUACCUCGUACUGCCUUAUCAAAUGAUUUUGUGAACAUUUGUGUUUCUGAUCGUGGAAAAAGAAAAGGUUUCAAUCAGUAA